UCUCUCUCUCUCGCAAUGCAAUGAGCUUCUGAUUUCAAUUUCAUGUCUCAACCCAACACGAGUACCUCCAACACCCACAUCAACAACGCCCGCAGGCGCUCCUCUGCCACCUCUACAUCUCCACAACCCACCACCUCUACCGGCGGAGGAGGGGGGAUUCACUUCCCCGCGAUGAAGAAGCCGAGGUCCCAGUCUGUCGCUUGCUCUGUUGACAACAAAAAUGGCUUCCAACAACAACACUUCAAUAAUAAUUCUUCGGUUAACCCUUCUUCCAUGUUCGAGGAUCCCACCGGAAAUGAAGUUAUUGAUCCCAUCGCUACCUCUGUUGCCGGAUUCACCGCCAAUUUGUCUCGUAAAAAGGCAACGCCUCCUCAACCUGCUAAGAAGCUUGUCAUCAAGCUAGUCAAAGCCAAGCCAACCUUGCCAAAAAACUUUGAGGAGAAUACAUGGGCAAUUUUGAAGUCAGCCAUUAGUGCCAUAUUUCUGAAGCAGCCAGAUCCCUGCGAUUUGGAGAAACUUUAUCAAGCCGUCAAUGAUCUUUGCCUGCAUAAGCUGGGGGCAAGUCUUUACCAACGGAUUGAAAGAGAGUGUGAAGCUCACGUAUCUGCUGUUUUACAAUCUUUAGCUGGGCAAAGUGAAGAUCUUGUGGUUUUCUUAUCGCUUGUUGAGAAAACCUGGCAAGAUUUUUGCGACCAGAUGUUGAUGAUCCGCGGUAUAGCGUUGUAUCUUGACCGCACAUUCGUGAAACAAACUCAAAAUGUGCGAUCGUUAUGGGACAUGGGCCUGCAACUUUUUCGGAAGCAUUUGUCACUAGCUUCAGAAGUUGAGCACAAAACAGUAUUUGCCCUUUUGAAAAUGAUAGAGAGUGAGAGGCUUGGUGAAUCAAUAGACAGGACACUUCUUAACCAUCUUUUGAAGAUGUUCACCGCAUUGGGGAUUUACUCUGAGAGUUUUGAGAAGCCAUUCCUCGAAUGUACUUCAGAGUUUUAUGCUGCUGAGGGAGUAAAAUACAUGCAACAAUCAGAUGUUCCAGAUUAUUUAAAACACGUGGAGGUAAGAUUGCAUGAAGAACAUGACAGAUGUGUAAUCUAUCUAGAUGCUAUCACAAGAAAGCCAUUGGUAGCCACUGCUGAAAAGCAGCUUCUUGUGCAGCAUAUUUCUGCAAUACUUGACAAGGGUUUCAUGAUGUUGAUGGAUGGUAAUCGCAUUCAAGAUCUUCGGAGGAUGUAUAUACUCUUUUGCAGAGUAAAUGCCCUUGAAUCCUUACGACAGGCCCUUAGCUUAUACAUCCGGAAAACCGGGCAGGGCAUUGUACAGGAUGAAGAGAAGGACAAAGAUAUGGUGUCCUCUCUAUUAGAAUUCAAGUCCUCUCUUGAUAGAAUUUGGGAAGAUAGCUUUUCGAAGAAUGAAGCCUUUUGCAACACAAUCAAAGAUGCAUUUGAGCAUCUCAUUAAUCUACGCCAGAACCGCCCUGCAGAGUUGAUCGCAAAGUUUGUGGAUGAGAAGCUCCGUGCUGGAAAUAAGGGUACAUCAGAGGAAGAAUUGGAGGGCACUCUUGAUAAAGUCUUGGUUUUGUUCAGAUUUAUACAGGGUAAGGAUGUAUUUGAAGCAUUCUAUAAGAAGGAUCUUGCGAAAAGGCUACUGUUAGGAAAGAGUGCAUCUAUUGAUGCUGAAAAAUCCAUGAUUUCCAAGCUGAAAACCGAAUGUGGUAGCCAGUUUACCAACAAGCUUGAAGGAAUGUUUAAGGACAUUGAAUUAUCCAAAGAGAUCAAUGAAUCUUUCAAACAAUCAUCUCAAGCUAGGAGCAAGCUCCCAUCAGGAAUAGAGAUGAGUGUCCACGUUUUAACAACCGGUUACUGGCCUACAUAUCCACCAAUGGAUGUUCGUCUUCCUCAUGAAUUAAAUGUCUAUCAGGACAUUUUUAAAGAGUUCUACUUGAGUAAAUACAGCGGUAGGCGAUUGAUGUGGCAAAAUUCAUUAGGUCACUGUGUGUUGAAAGCAGAAUUUCCUAAAGGUAGAAAAGAGCUUGCUGUUUCUUUGUUUCAGACAGUCGUUCUGAUGCUGUUCAACGAUGCAAAGAAACUUAGUUUUCAAGAUAUUAGAGAUGCUACCAGCAUCGAGGACAAAGAACUGCGAAGAACAUUGCAGUCCCUUGCUUGUGGGAAAGUCCGUGUCCUCCAAAAGAUUCCAAAAGGUAGGGAAGUCGAUGAUAACGACUCUUUCACAUUCAACGAUGCCUUUACAGCUCCUCUAUAUCGUAUAAAGGUUAAUGCAAUUCAGUUGAAAGAAACUGUUGAAGAAAAUGCGAGCACCACAGAGAGAGUGUUCCAAGAUCGUCAAUAUCAGGUUGAUGCCGCUAUUGUUAGGAUUAUGAAGACCAGGAAAGUGCUGAGUCACACACUUCUCAUAACUGAACUCUUUGAGCAGCUGAAGUUUCCUAUAAAACCAUCGGAUUUGAAGAAGAGGAUCGAAAGCCUGAUUGACAGGGAGUACCUGGAGAGAGACAAGAACAAUCCUCAAAUAUACAAUUACUUGGCAUAGACAAUAACCCUUUUCUCCGAUAUAUAUGAAUUUCAAGUUGAAGUUGGAGUUGGAGUUGGAAAUUUGAUUCCACGAGUUAGUGUUCAUGUACAGAAAUGGAUUCCUUUUUCUCUCUUUAUUUUAUUUUUAUAAAAAAUAUACACCUCAAUUGCAAGAUGUAAUUUGUUUCUAAGCUUCUGCUUUAUGUC